AUGUUUGUGAGCUGUGGCAAUCAGUUGGGUCAAAAAGCUGACAAUGAGUGGAGGUUUUCACAUCUGAAGCUGGAAUUUAAAAGGAAGCCUAUUAAUUUUAUUUUUUUUGCAGUAAUAUGGUUUUUUAUCUGUCUGAUAUGUGGAGUGUUGGAAUCAAGAACUGAUGACUUAGAGGGUUCCGGAGCUACUGAAAGUUAUCCAGAAACGACAACAGCCGAUGAGGAAUAUGGACUAAUCAUGGGCAAUCUCAGUCUUUGCGGCAAUGUGGCGGAUAAUGUGUUUCUGCCCUUUGUGGGGGACUGCAACAAGUACUACCUCUGUCGUUCUGGCCAAGCCAUAGAACUGCAGUGCGAAUGGCCGUACCAAUUUAAUGCCAAUACCCAAAGUUGUGUAAAUUUCGGGCAGGCUGAAUGUUUGCCUACCUGCAAGGCCUAUACUUUCAGUACCUUUAGUUAUCAGAGAACCUGUACCAAGUAUGUCCUCUGCUACUACGGACAUCCUGUUUUAAGGGAAUGCCAGGAUGGCCUCCAAUACAACUCUCAAACAGAUCGCUGUGAUUUUGCCCAGAACGUGGACUGCGUGGAAUCCGAGUGUUCCAUUUACUAUAAUGCCUAUCACCUACGUUAUGUGCCCAGUAAAGUCUCUUGCGAGAAGUAUUUUCUCUGCGGCAACGGAGUCCCCAGGGAGCAGACCUGUACUCCUGGUCUAUAUUUCAGUACCAAGUGUGAUUGUUGCGAUAUUCCCUCGAAAUCGGAUUGUCAGAGGAAGGUACGGCAGACCUCCCGUCUUUCACCCAGAACCACUGAAGGAAUUUGUCCCCCCUCCGGCGUCCACUUCUAUGUCCACGACUCUCGCCAAGAUGCCUAUUACUAUUGUGUGGAUGGACAUGGUCUGGUUUUGGAAUGUACGCCUGGCCUUUGCAAUACCUUUACCAUAUUAUUAAAGAAAACCAUAAGAAGGCAUAAGUUGACAGUAGUGGAUCUUUAUUUCAAGGAUUUAAGCGCCCACGAACUGUGGUUCCCGGCAUUCCCCACUCUUGGCAUCAAAGACCAGACCAGGUGUGCAGUCCAAGGUGACUCCCUGGCCAUUAAGGCAGUAAUAAUAGGCAUCCUGGCGUCUCUGGUGGGCAAUAAAAUGGGCGCCCUCCGAAGGACACUUGAUGUCGGCACUACGAGGAGGAGCUCGGGCAAAGGGCAGAAUAUUCCUCUGCAAGAUGAAGUACUUGUCGCAGCGAGCCUUGCUGGCUAUGAAAACGAUAGCAUUCGGGUUGUUCUCCCGGAUGCACAUGUUGUCCACACAGUCCACAUACUGGGGAAAGUCACAGCGAUCGGUCUGGCCAUUGUACUGCAGUCUAUUGGAGCACUGGCGGAUCACGGGAGUGCCAUCGAAGCAGAGGACGUACUUGGUGCAGUGAAGUGGCUUAUAAAUGGUGGUCUUCUGUUGGUCCUGUUGAUGGUUCUUGGGAGUUGGGCCGACGAAGAUCUUGUGGUGGCCCCUGGUCCAGAAGGUGAUCCUGAAGAUGAUGAAGUGGUCGAGGAGGAGGCUGAAUAUGACAUGUAUAACAACACCCAGAUUAACGUUUGCAACAACGUGGCAGAUGGAGUUUUCCUGCCCUAUGUGGGAAAUUGCUCUAUGUAUAUUGAGUGUGAAAAUAACACCAUAAAGGAAAUGGGCAGCUGUUUGGACUUGGAGGGUGCUUCAAAAAUGUGUGAUAAUCCUCCUUGUGAUCUUGCCUACGACCCGGUCCUCCAGUUGUGCACCUACGCAGAUGUAGUCCAGUGCCUGCCCUCCUGCGAAUCUUUCCAAUUGAGCAGCUUCUGCUACGACAACACCUGUACGAAAUACGUGCUCUGCUACUACGGAAAACCCGUUCUACGGCAAUGCCAGGAUGGACUCCAGUACAACAACAGGACGGAUCGCUGUGACUUCCCCGAGUACGUGGACUGUGUGGCUAACGACUGCUCGGCCACAUUCCAGCCGGAGAACAUCAUCUACCUGGCCAGCAAGGCCUCCUGCACCAAGUACUUCGUCUGCUCCGAUGGCUAUCCAUGGGAACAGGAGUGCGCCCCUGGCUUGGCCUACAAUCCGACCUUGAGACUUUGCGACUUUGCUAAGAAUGUUAAUUGCUCGAUUGAUGCUGCGGCUAGGAAUAUUAUGCCCUAUUCCCGAUCUCCAUUGCGCCGUGCCGACAUCAAGUGUCCCAAUGUAGGAGUUUAUUUUUAUCCGCACAAGUUCCGCCGCGAUGCAUACUAUUAUUGCGUCGAUGGCAAUGGAGUCACACUGGACUGUACUCCGGGUCUUCAGUACGAUCCCAAUGUGGAGGAGUGCCGCAGACCGGAAUACGUUGGUGCCUAA